AUGAGAGUUCCGGCCCACUUCAGUACUACCAUUGUUACAACCGAAAACAACUGUCGCCAAGGUGUAAACUGUCAUCUACCGGACUGUUUCUGUAGUACAUUAGAACAUCCCUUGAAUCGAAAGGAGAUCCCUCAAAUGGUGUUUUUUGGAUUCGAUGAUGCCGUUAAUCCGGAAAGUGUUCAACACUAUGAUUUUCUCUUCGGACGUAACCGAUAUAACCCUAACGGUUGUCCAAUCAGCGCCACCUUGUAUAUUUCACAUCAAAAUACUAAAUACGAUAUUGUUAAAAAGUACUAUGAUCGUGGAUUUGAGGUGGCCGUACACAGCGUGUCGCACACUAACAUUGACACAUACACAAAAGUAAUGGAAGAAGCUCGAGACCAACGAAACAACAUUGCUACAUUAGCUGGUGUCCCUAUUGAGGAAAUUGUCGGCUGGAGGAGUCCUAAUUUAUUUACGGCAGGUGAUGCUCAAGUUACCGCCCUCCAAAACCUCGGGUACACUUACGAUAUUUCAUUAAGUCAUAGAAAACUGAAUAUGGACGAUAGGGAUAUGUGGCCAUUUACAUUAGACUAUGGAUGUCAAGGUUUAUCGAAAUGUCCAAAACAAAAACAUAAAGGAUUUUGGCAGAUACCGGUCAAUAUGGUGGUAUGGAAAAAAGAACAAGUAUGCGUCUAUGUUGAUGGCUGUUACAAACAACCUAAUAAUACCGACGAGGCUUACAACUUCAUCAUGGAUAACUUUAAGAGGUAUUACGACGGCAAUCGAGCGCCAUUUGGAAUAAAUAUGCACAUGGCCUGGUUUUACCGUCCGUACACCAGGGAAGGAAUGGACAGAGCCAUACAGGAUAUGCUGAAGUAUAACGAUGUUUAUAUUGUAACUGCUAAACAAAUGUUGCAGUGGAUGAAAAACCCGACUAAUUUAUCUCAGAUUAUGCAUUUUAAGGACUGGGAUUGUAACGAAGAAAACAGAAGAAAAAGAGAAAAAGGACGUAAAAGUAAAUAUUUUUUUUGGGGGGAAGUUGUCAUUGUUGCUGUGAUUUUAUCUUGCCUUGCUGUUGUAGUGGUAUAUUGGGUUAUUUCAAAGCAAGGUAAACAAUACACAUCUUUACAGCCUAUUGCAACUGCCGACGAGUACACUGAUGGUGACAUUUAA